GCAGAGUAGUUUCAGACACCUAGCCUAUAUAAGAGCAUCUUCUGGCCGAAUGUCAGAUAAGGGCUGCUGUCUUGUUUUUUGAGUGUGGUAUAUCGAAGACUCACGAUUUACAGAAAUAAUGAGUGCAUCUAAACCCAAGAAAAGUGUUAAGAGGAGAAACAAAAACUUACUGAAUAACAGCGAGCAGGAGUUUGUAGCCGGCAGGAGAAAAACUGUUCUACAAGCCCUGAAGAAGCUUAAGAUUCAAUGCAGUCGGAAAGAGGUGCCAAACAUAGCAUUACUGGGUUCUGGAGGAGCACAAAGAGCCAUGGUGGGUUUGCUGGGAUCCCUGGUUCAGCUUGAUAAAGCGGGUCUUCUGGACUGCAUCCUUUAUCUGAGCGGAGUCUCUGGAUCCACCUGGUGCAUGGCCUCCUUAUACAAAGAACCAAACUGGUCCACCAAACUAGAGACUGUGAAAGAAAAAAUCAUCGAAAGACUCAGCGGACCAGGAGUCAGCUUGACAGAUGCAAUGGCCAAACUGAAGAAAUAUUACUACGGGAAAGACUUCUUCAGUUUGACUGACGUCUGGGCAGUGCUGGUCGUCACGUCAAUUGUGAAAGAGAUCGAUGAGCGCACACUCACAGAGCAGCGGAAGCAGCACAAUAAAGACCCGUUUCCCAUCUACGCAGUGAUCGACAAGCAAAGCAAACAGAGCAAUGACGGAGACCCCUGGUUUGAGAUCAAUCCAUAUGAAGCAGGUUAUUCCCUCUCUGGAGUGUUUGUGGACACCGGCGACUUUGGCAGCCAGUUUCAGAAAGGCUCAAAGAUAAAACAUCAAGAUGAAUUUGACAUGCUGUACCUGCAAGCUCUUUGCGGCAGCGCUUUAGGGGAUGAAGUGGUUAUUAAGAAAGACAUAUGGCAAACGAUAAAAGAUUUCUUUCAAAAUGAAACAAUACUGGAGGCAAUGAGGGAGGAAGAGGGUGAGAGGAGUGAGGAGAGACAUGAUGGGAUGAGAACAGAGAAAGAAACAGAUCCAAUCUCCCCAUCUGUAGACGAAUGUCACCAGGCACUCAUGGAUCUUCUGGAUAAACAUAUGCCAGUAUUCGGUAAUGCGAUAUAUCAUGACCUCUCUGGAGGCAAAAGUAAGCUGAUUUCUACAAUGAACACAGCUGAUAAAAGAGCAGAAAAACAGUAUAUAAAGCGUUUCGCCAUGGAUGUGUGCGAAGAUUUGAGUAGCCGGAUCAAAAUUUGGCAAUUUGAUGCUGGGAUAAGUAUUUGUAAAUGCAUGGCUCAGUGGAUCUGGGGGAGGAAAUAUAACUUCCUCCACAACAUGACAGAUGAAGGAGUGAAGUCCACUCUUCUGCAAAGUGAGACGAGAGACUAUAUAGAUGCAGGAGUGUUGCUGAACUCACCCUACGUCUCAGUGCUGAGAGAAGACCGAAACAUUGACCUCAUCAUUUCCCUGGAUUUCAGUCAAGGCGAUCCUUUCAUGACAGUAAAAGACGCUGCUGAGACUUGCAAGAAACUAAAGAUCCCUUUCCCUGAAGUCAACAUUACCAGUGAAGACAAGAAGAAACCGAAGGACUUUUAUGUGUUCAAAGGCCAAAACACUCCAACCGUGAUCCACAUCCCUCUGUUUAAUGCGGUCAACUGUUGAGAUGAAGUUGAGGACUGGAGGAAAAAAUAUUGCACCUUUCAAGGUGCUUACAGUGCUGAGAUGAUCGCUGAUCUUAUGG